CAUAGAAUCCAAAUCCAUCGAUAAUCCCUAUGGCUGGGCGAAUAUUCAGUAUGGCUGGGCGAAUUUAAGUAGGCGAAUUUGUGGAAUGUGUUUACGUGGAUUUUUGAGACAAACUUUCCCACACUCCACAAAACAAAAGAAGGUCUAUAAUUAAUAAAAUCGAAUUGAAAUAAAUCUUUAACAAUGUGCGAAAGUAAAUGAGGGCGAAGGAGUAAACAGCUAGGAGAGGGACGAACGCAAAUCAACGACCUCAAUUAAAUGAUAAACGGAGCUAAAUUGACAAAAGUUGACAUUCAAAUUUUAAUCUACUUUGAACCGAAAAUUGAUUGUCAAUUAAUAAUUGAUAAUAAGUAAUAAUGGCACCCACACGCAGGCCCAGCGAUGGACUGCUGGCCCGUGUGAACUUUCCCCUGUAUGCCGUCGAUAUGCUAACGAGUCGUCACAUUCUGGUGGCCGGCGGCGGCGGUUCCAGCAAAACGGGCGUUGCAAACGGUUUUGAAAUCUACGAACUCUAUCACAAUGGCACACAUUUCUGUGCCGAAGAAGUGUUACGCCAUGAAACGGGUGACAAUGUUGUCAUGAAUUUUGCCGUACGGAAUGGUGGACGAAGGGGUUACCUUUGUGCCGGACAAGAGGCUCAUUGUCAGAUGUACUAUGUUCAGCCCAGCAUUGAAGCGGAUGACGAUGAUAAGAAAAACAAUCCCGUGGAGCGACCUCAUGAAAAUGGCAAUGUAAGGCAACGGGCAGGAAACGGUGGUGGCUCGCAUUCGGGUGUGGAGACUCUUGCCAAUGGUCAUGGCAAACCGCAACAGCUAACAUCUGCCGCUGACAUACUGAAACAAUUUCGCAGCCUCAAGUUCCUUAUACAGGCAGCCGAUGUGGUACAAACAGAUUUCCUGUCCACAUCGGAGCCACUGCAGCGUGUGGUCCGGAUUAGUGGCAAUGGCCGUUUAAUGGCCACCGGUGGCACCGAUGGACAUUUACGCAUUUGGUCAUUCCCACAAAUGUCAUUGGGCGCCGAUAUUCAGGCGCAUUCAAAGGAAAUUGAUGAUUUGGAUUUCAGUCCCGACAGCAAAUAUUUAGUUAGCAUCUCUAAGGAUAGCCAGGGCUUAAUCUGGGACUUGUCAAGUGGCAAAUUGUUUAAGAAAUUAAUUUGGCCAACGCCAGAGAAUUCGAAAUAUUUAUUUAAACGUUGCCGUUACGGAACUGUGGAAGCUCAAAAGGAUAACUAUAGACUCUUCUCAAUUGCCAAUCCACUGGGUAAAGUGGGCAAACAGCGUGGCUAUCUACAGCAAUGGGAUUCUAAUGGUCAGCUUAAAUUGGCGGUGACCAUUGAUGAGAGUUUGUCAUCGCUGGCGGUGCGAGAUGAUGGACGAUUUGUGGCUGUCGGUACAAUGUUCUCCGGCAGUGUUUCCAUGUACAUUGCAUUUAGUCUGCAGCGCGUCUUGCACAUUCCUCAUGCUCACUCAAUGUUCGUGACGGGCCUGCAAUUUCUUCCUAUUACCAAUGAGGAGGGACCGCCCAUUUCUAGCGAUACGGAGGCGGCCGUUCUUUCCAUCUCAGUCGACAAUAAAGUUUGCAUACAUAGUCUGCCUCAAAGGCGUACCUUACCCGCCUGGAUAGCCAUUGUGUUUAUGAUCGGAAUGAUCUUUGCCGUGUUUGUUUUAUGCUCAUAUAUCGGCAUCUGAUGAUAGUCGCAACGAACACGAUCAUAAACACUUUGAUAGGAAAUUAAACAAGAUAAAUCAAUUUGCAUUAUUAGUUUAGUUCGUUUCUGCUAAUUAAGUUAAGUGUUUAGUUUUUGUGCCGGUUGCCUUAUCUCUUAUUCUAACUUUGUUGUACAAUAUUGUUUCCAAAUUCUAUUUUCGUUCUAUAUUAUCUCUGUAUGUCACUAUCUCUCUCUCUCUUUCUCUUACUCUCUGUAUUUAUGACUAUAUUAAUCAAGUUUAAUUGUCUUGAAUCUAUUAUAUUUCUAAUUGUACAUGAUUUCUAAUGAAACAGAAAACAAAAAAACCAUCAACACAGGUGAAUGAACUGAUUGAAAACAGUUGUAGCUAUUAAAUUAAAUUUAUCUUAUUGCAUUUUUUAAAGACAA